AUGCUCCACCAACACCCAGCCUACACAUGUGAGUCUGUCCGCGACAGCCCGACCACAAGGACAGAGUACCUAUGCUCCACCAACACUCAGCCUACACAUGAGAGUCUGUCCACAACCAGCCCAACCACAAGGACAGAGUACAUAUGUUCCACCAACACUCAGCCUACACAUGAGAGUCUGUCCACAACCAGCCCAACCACAAGGACAGAGUACAUAUGUUCCACCAACACUCAGCCUACACAUGAGAGUCUGUCCACAACCAGCUCGACCACAAGGACAGAGUACAUAUGCUCCACCAACACUCAGCCUACACAUGAGAGUCUGUCCGCGACAGCUCGACCACAAGGACAGAGUACCUAUGCUCCACCAACACUCAGCCUACACAUGAGAGUCUGUCCGCGACAGCUCGACCACAAGGACAGACCUACACAUGAGAGUCUGUCCACAACCAGCCCGACCACAAGGACAGACUACCUAUGUUCCACCAACACUCAGCCUACACAUGAGAGUCUGUCCACGACCAGCCCGACCACAAGGACAGAGUACCUAUGCUCCACCAACACUCAGCCUACACAUGAGAGUCUGUCCACAACCAGCCCGACCACAAGGACAGAGUACCUAUGCUCCACCAACACUCAGCCUACACAUGAGAGUCUGUCCACAACCAGCCCGACCACAAGGACAGACUACAUAUGUUCCACCAACACUCAGCCUACACAUGAGAGUCUGUCCACGACAGCUCGACCACAAGGACAGAGUACCUAUGCUCCACCAACACUCAGCCUACACAUGAGAGUCUGUCCACAACCAGCCCGACCACAAGGACAGAGUACCUAUGCUCCACCAACACUCAGCCUACACAUGAGAGUCUGUCCACAACCAGCCCGACCACAAGGACAGACUACAUAUGUUCCACCAACACUCAGCCUACACAUGAGAGUCUGUCCACGACAGCUCGACCACAAGGACAGACCUACACAUGAGAGUCUGUCCACGACCAGCCCGACCACAAGGACAGACUACAUAUGUUCCACCAACACUCAGCCUACACAUGAGAGUCUGUCCACAACCAGCCCAACCACAAGGACAGAGUACCUAUGCUCCACCAACACUCAGCCUACACAUGAGAGUCUGUCCACGACCAGCCCGACCACAAGGACAGACUACAUAUGUUCCACCAACACUCAGCCUACACAUGAGAGUCUGUCCACAACCACACCGACCACAAGGACAGAGUACCUAUGCUCCACCAACACUCAGCCUACACAUGAGAGUCUGUCCGCGACAGCUCGACCACAAGGACAGAGUACCUAUGCUCCACCAACACUCAGCCUACACAUGAGAGUCUGUCCGCGACAGCUCGACCACAAGGACGAAGUACCUAUGCUCCACCAACACCCAGCCUACACAUGA